ACGCUGUACAGUGGAGAAGAGGUGAUAGCCAGACGUGGUAAUCGCCAUUUCGUUGCGGCGUGUUUGCAAAUACUGCAUUGUAUACCGUUGCCACAAUGCUGAGCGUCAGUGUGUUUUUAGGGAGUGCAGCUUUCUUUGCGGUAAUUAUGUACAUACUGCAACGCUGGAGCAAAUCGCAUCCGGGUCAUGCCAUCAGACGGCCGGGAAGAACAGGAGUAUUGCCGCCGCAGCCAGCGGGAUGGCCGCUAUUGGGUCAUCUGAUGCUGCUUCUGAAAGGUCACCGACACCGACGCAUACAAAGCGUUGGCCGGGAGAUGGGCGGGUGUAUGACCCUUAAACUCGGGCCCAGGAAAUCGGUAUGGAUUACAUCGUACGGGUACUUUCGAGAUGCAGUGAUCAACCAUGCCUGGGAGUUUGCCGGUCGACCACCGGAGGUGACUAACUCGGACUUCAGCAGUGAACACGGAAUCGCGGCCAGCGGCGUUAGUGAGCCGGAGCGGGAAAUCCGGAAAUUCACACUGAUCAGCCUGCGCAGCUUCGGAUUCGGCAAAUCCACAAUGCAGGACACGAUGCUGCAUGAGGUUAACGAGUUGGUCAAGACCUUUCGGCAGCACUGCCCCACCCACGACCGGCCGCUUCCGUUACCUUUCAAUCCUCGCAACAGUCUGGCUAACGCCGCCGCCAACGUCAUCUCUUCGGUACUGAUGGGAAAAAGAUUUCAGCCGGACGACCCCAACUUCAUCCGGUUGAGCGACGACCUAACGGAAGCCAUAAAAAAGGUGAUGAUAUCACAGCAGGCGCGUUCGUUUCCCCUUCUACGGCUGCUCUUCCUCAACCGGGGCAUCAAAUCCGCGCAUGAUGCAUUUCGCCGCGCCCAUGACUUUGUCACUGAAAUCGUGCAGGAACAUGUGCACCAGAACCAGCCGCGGAUGCCACGGGAUUUUGCCGAUGACUGGCUGGACAAGGCGGCCGACGAAGCAGCCAAGGGGAAAACGACCUUUGCUGUCGAACAUCUGCCGGCUAAAUUAUUGGACCUGUUUAUCGGCGGCUUCGAGACCACCGCGACCGCCAUUCAGUGGAUCUUGCUCAUGCUGCUGCACCAUCCACACGUUCAGAUCAAUGUACACGACGAGAUAGACCGCGUCAUCGGACCAUGCUGCGACGGCCAACAGAUCACUCUGGAGCACCGCGAGCAUUUGGUAUAUACCGAAGCAGUCAUUUUGGAAACGCUGCGCAAGUACCCAUUAGCACCUUAUGCAGUGCCACACAUGUGCGUCAAGGAGACACAACUGGGUGAUUACAUUAUUCCCGAAGGCACGCAGGUAAUGCUGCAUCUGUACUCUAUCCUCCACGAUCCGCAAAUUUUCCCUGAGCCAGAGAAUUUCCGUCCCGAACGCUUCAUCAGCCCCGAGGGUCGACUAAGCAUACCGGAACAGUUCGUGCCCUUUUCGGCCGGCCGGCGUGCCUGCAUCGGCGAACAGCUGGCCCGCAAGGAGCUCUUUGUCUUCUUUGCCAACAUUAUGCACAGUUUCACGGUAUCUGCACGUGAUCCCGCUCAGCUGCCUUCGCUGAACGAGAACGAGGGCUCGGUCAUGUAUCCAGAUCCAUAUGAAAUCAUCUUGCAUGAACGCUGAUUUCUUCGCUGAUCUUGAAUCACAAUCACGAGUGGCAAACAACAAUUUACGAGUUGUUCCUCCAAAAUAACGGAAGACUGUCCGAACACCACAUUGGUGUCGCAGGCUAUUGAGAAAGAUUGCAUUCUGUGUAUUUUCGACCGAAUGUUAUCCAGCCUUUUUCAGUUUUUCAGGGCAUCUUAUUUUACUGUAUUAUCUAUGUAGAAUACUGAAGGACAUAAUCGUUUUUAUUACGCCAUGGGCCCCAUUACUUCAGUUCUGAUAGAACACCAGUCAUGAUAUGAAACAAAUGAGCCUGAAUUCGUAUCCUGAUGAAACGAUUUCAAUCCGUG